AUGGCAGACCAAACUCUCUAUUUUCUCAUCAAGCCCUUAUGCGCCAAACUUCUAAGAAAUUCUGACACCUUAGAUUCUACAUCUUGCUAUUGCGAGAUUUCUAUUGGCAGACAAGCCAGAGUCUCCAAAAAUGCUGAAAUUGCUUUAAAGUUUCCUUCAUGGAACGAUGAGCUUCCUUUUCUAAUAAGAAGUGAAGACAAAAUCUCUGUAAAAGUCUGGGACAUCAAGCCUGAUACCAGAAAAGUUAUUUUUGGAGAAGCCACUAUUUUAAGGGAGGAUAUUACUGAUUUAUAUGAAAAUUGGGUCAUUCUCGCAAAAGGAAAAGAAAAUGUUGGGGAAAUGAAACUAAAAAUAGAAAUCUCACAUGAAUGUCCUGAGAAAUAUUCAAAUUUAGAAGCGGAAGAAUCCAAGCAGACGCAAGAAAUUCCAAGUCAGAUGAUAAAUUAUGGAACUCAGCAAGAAACGCAAAUAGAGCAUACGUACAUUCGAUCACAAGCUAGCUCUGAUAUAAAGCCAGUCUACUAUCAGAUGGCAUCAGCUCCUCCACUUCCUUCUGAAGAUUUUCAUGAAUUUGCGCCAUCUCAGAAUUACUCUUAUUCAAGUUUAUUAGAUUUUGAUGCUCCUCAGCCUGUUUCCCAAACUUACAACCUGCCUCAACAGAAAUUCAAUCAAAAUUCAGCUUUUCAAUUUAAUUCUCAAAGCAGUUAUCCUACUCUUGGAGGAGUAUCGCAAACUAAUAGCCAAACUAGUUAUCCAAAUACUGGGUAUAAUACUCCUUAUUUUCCUAAUCAAUCAAAAUAUCCAUCACAAUCAAGCAGCCAGACUAAUCAACAAUAUCCAGGAUUUUAA